AUGAACAUUGCUAUCAGAUUGACUGAAAAAGCCUACGAAAAUUGUUUGUUUAGGGAGGCACUUAAGAAUGGGUUUUACGACUUGCAAGCUGCUCGAGAUGAGUAUAGGCUCUCUUGCGGCAGUGGCGGCAUGAAUCAUGACUUGAUACUGAAGUUUAUGGAUGUGCAAACACGCCUCAUUGAACCAAUCUGUCCUCAGUUUGCAGAGCAUGUUUGGAGGGAACUUUUGAAGAAGGAAGGCUCUGUGAAACAGCUCUCGGUUCCAAGAAGGCCUAAGAAAGGUGCUCAAGUAACAGAGGAGAAGAUGAAAGGCCUAGUAUAUGUGAAUGAGGAAUUUGAUGGAUGGAAAGCUCACUGCCUCGAGAUUCUUCAAAGGAAAUUUGACCAGCAAACCCGUACUUUUGCCCCUGAUCAGAGAUACUUGGAGAACUGA